AUGAUGAUGAUCAGUAGAUCACUUCGUUUAGCAUCACAACAGACAACAGCAUCACUGCUCAAGUCACAUCAUUCACAUCAUUCAUCUACUACUACUUUUACAUACUCUUUUCAACCACCUACUACGACCACUACAACUAUUAAAAGAACCUAUUCAAAUACAAAUAAUAAGAGAAACAACAAACAACUAGACCAAGUAGAAGAAGAAGAGGAAGAAUAUGAAGAAUUAGAAGAAUUUGAAGAAUUUGAAGAACAAGAACAAGAAGAAGAAAUUAAACUUCAAAGAUGGUCACAACAUCAUAAUUUGGAGGCAAAUGAACCAAUGGUAAAUCGACCCCUUUUACCAAAGUUCUAUCUUGAAAAGAAGAAAGUAGAAUAUAACAAGUUUGUUGGACAUAGAACAGAAAAGGAUUUGAUUGGAAGGGAGGGUAUAGCCCAACUCAAUGACCGAUCCCACAAAAACCUUAUUGCCUAUCGUUUAAAAGAAACACAAUACGAUGAAUUUAUAAAACAAUUAGAUAAGGAAUCAAUUUCACAAGUCUUGGAUAGUAUAAGAUCGAAACAAAGUGUUCAAUUAUUCUUUAAUCAAGUUUAUGAUGGUCUACAACAUUUAGUAUUUGUAUUUUGUUAUUUUGUUGAAACUACAACUUUUAAAGAAUCACAUCAUUAUAUCGAAAAUAUGUAUUAUAGAGUGAUGGAUUAUUGUAAACAAGAUGCUAUUUUGAUGCAAUUGGCAACGUCGACGAUAUUGAGGUAUAUUAGACCAUUUAGUAAUGCAAAUAGUUUGGCUGAAAACAUUAGAGAUGAUUAUGGAUACUAUCUAAAGGAAAAUAUCAUCUAUUACGAGGAAAUGUUGGACUUUUACACGGCCAAGAAUCUACAUGUGGAGAAAGAGGAAAUGGUCGUCGAGAUUAACAAAAGUCGUAUCAAAUACUCGGAUCGAGUGUUGGGAUACAUCCUGCAACACUAUAUUCACACCAAAAACUUUGAUCGAUGCAUUUCGAUCAUUAAAAAGACAGCCCUACCAUUUGACAAGCACUUUGAUAGUUUGGUCAACAAAAUCUACGAAAGCACAGACUCUGUCGAAGAGAUUCUCAAUCGUGGUGACCCCCUCAAUCUUGUGCCACGUCUCUAUCGAAUGAUUUCCGAUGCCCAACACUCUCAAAAGAAGGAACAGAUCUUUGGAAAGCUGGUUGAGCUCUACCUCGUCUACGACCAGCCAGAACAUGCCAUCCGAGCGUUUGAACGCAGACGUGACGAAUGUCUUGCCGCGCCAACCCUCUUUAUUAUCAGUCGAUUCGUUGGCUACUAUAGAAUGAACAACCUACCUCUGGAAGAGGAACGAUGGAGAGAGAUUGGUAAAAACUACCAAAUCACAGUCGACGAUGCCUACCUCAAACAAAUCAUGAUCCAAAUGCAAAAAGAAAAAACAUAUGAUGAAUUAUCAAGGAUUGAUAAAUUCUUGAUUCUACCAAAUCCUGUUGUUAGACAAUAA